UUAACCCUUAUAAAUUGGUACAGAUGGUUGAAAGUAUUAAAGGGAAGGCUCCACCAAAGGAUUCAAUAAUCGCCGGGGUUGUGGUAAGAGGUGCCAGGCCUUCGUUUACACACCCACGAUGGGCGUACAAAUCUACUGUGCCCUGGCCCCCACGCGUUCCGUACCCGCCUUACCCGCUAGGGGCUGCCGUGUUGACCAGCAUCAAAGCGACGGAGAUGAUAAACGCCGCCAUAUGUGACACGCCGGUCGUCUUCCCCGAUGAUGUCUAUAUCGGGAUAUUAGCCGAAAAAUCAAAUAUACAACCGAUAGGUCUGCAGCAUUUCUUAUGGAGUGUGUGUGAGCGAUUUCUCACACUGAAUCAUGAAAUACGUAAUCGCAAAAUUGCUGUUCAUUGCGGGGGACAACCUGAUAUCAUGGCCAAAAUAUGGAGUUAUUUUCAACAAAGAAACGACAAGGAGCGAUGAAGUGUUCUGAUGAAUU